AUGACCUCAGUGCAGAAUAGAAACAGUCCAGACUCACCCCUAAACAGCACCUCAGUCACGUUCCUAGUUCUCCAGAUCCUGGCCUUUCUCAUCUCCCUGUGUGGGAUGGUGGGCAAUGGUGUGGUGGUCUGGUUGCUGGCCUUCCGCGUGCAGAGGAACCCCUUCUCUGUCUACGUCCUCAACCUGGCGGUGGCUGACUUCCUCUUCCUCCUCUGCCUGGCACUUAUGAUAUAUACAAUGGACUUCCUCCAGAACAGAGAAAUGCACUAUGUCUUCUACUCCGUGACAUACUUUGCAUACAUUACAAGCCUGAGCCUGCUGACCGUCAUCAGCGUCCAGCGCUGUCUCUCCGUCCUCUUCCCCAUCUGGUGCAAGGUCCACAGGCCCCGACACCUGUCCACCGUGGUGUGCACUCUGGUCUGGGGGCUGGCCCUUCUGAUGAUCACACUGCUCAUUUAUUUCUUAUACACAGAGGUAUAUGGAGAUGAUCAAGAUUAUGAAAAUAUGUUAACCUUCCUGAUCAUUCUCUUGCUGGGGCUCUUCAUGCCCAUUAUGAUCCUCUCCAGCGUGGUCAUCUUUAUACAGAUCCAGAGAAGACCCCGCGCGUGGCGCCAGCGGUCCUCGAGGCUGUUCGUAAUCAUUCUGGUCUCAGUCCUGGUUUUCCUGGUCUGCGCUCUUCCCCUUGGCAUCUUCUGGACCCUGACGCCCUUGUUCAAAGUACAGGAGUAUGAGUAUCAUCUGUUUAAGAAUUUGACAAGACUCACCUCAUCCCUGAGCAGUAGUGCUAACCCCUUAAUCUACUUCCUAGUGGGUAGAGGGAGGAAGAGCAGCUUGUGGGAGCCCCUGAGGGCUGUACUUAGCAGGGCAUUGCAGGAGGAGCCCGAGCUGGGGGGCAAAGAGAUGCCUUCCACAAAUACCAAUGAGGUGGAGUCCACAAACCAUCCAUGCACGGUUUGA